GUGGGCGGGCGGCGGUGUCUGCGCGCGGAGGAGGUGGAGGAGGCGCCGGUCGGCCGCUUCCCGCCCCCGAGCCUGAGCCGGUGCCGAGCUGGGUAGAGCCGAGGUCGGACCCCGAGCGGAGCGGGCUGAGCGGGCGCCGAGUCCCCGCCAUGGCCCGGAACACGCUGUCCUCGCGCUUCCGUCGGGUGGACAUCGACGAGUUUGACGAGAACAAAUUCGUGGACGAGCAGGAGGAGGCGGCGGCGGCGGCGGGCGAGCCAGGCCCGGACCCUAGCGAGGUGGACGGCCUUCUGCGGCAAGGGGACAUGCUUCGGGCCUUCCACGCUGCCUUGCGGAACUCUCCCGUCAACACCAAGAAUCAGGCCUUGAAGGAACGAGCCCAGGGCGUGGUGCUGAAAGUGCUCACGAACUUUAAGAGCAGUGAAAUUGAGCAGGCCGUCCAGUCGCUGGACAGAAAUGGCAUUGACUUGCUAAUGAAGUACAUUUAUAAAGGCUUUGAGAAGCCCACAGAAAACAGCAGCGCAGUGUUACUCCAGUGGCAUGAAAAGGCCUUAGCAGUAGGAGGACUAGGCUCCAUUAUAAGAGUUCUUACAGCAAGAAAGACUGUUUAAAAAAAUAAAAGGACUCAUGUUACCUUGAGAAGAAUUUUGGAUGCACAGGCUGACGAAGAAGGGAUUGCCAGUGGACCAUCUUCUUAGGAACUUCCAACUAAAGUAUUUCAGGACAUGCAUCCGCUGAAGUGUAUUUUAUUUUCAAGGUGGAGGGAGAACUCGUCUGUUUCCUAAAUCCUUUGCAGGAUCUGAUAGUCUAUGCCUUUGUCCACGAGUAACACAGAACUGACGCAACUGUCUACCGGAGCGGCUGGCCGGCGUUGGUCGGGCAUACCCGUGUGCUCUGCCUGUUUCACGUGGGGGAGGGACGAUCUAGGCAGGUACAGAUCCAAGGGCUGUGGUCAAAGGGAGAGCUUGUUUUUUUGAAGUAGUAAAACUUCGAGGGUUUGUACAGACGCCCCAUCUCCCCGGAGAAGACGGGCUCUCUUGGAUUCAUUGUAAAGUGCCUGCUGCAUCAAUAAAGCUCUUGGCUUAUUAGUAUGUA